AUGGUUGCUUGAUGAUACCAAUGACCAUCUCUCUCUCUCUUUCUUUCUCAUUUUCCUUCCUUCUGAAAACCCUAAUUUUGGCAAUCUAAAUUAUCCAAAUCGGCCCUCUCCCCCCCACCUCCCUUGAUUUCAUAAAGCUUCGCCCUUUCUCGCUCACCGAUCAAAAUGGGUCGCGGCUCAGUGACGUCACUCGCUCCUGGGUUCCGUUUCCACCCGACAGACGAAGAACUCGUCCGCUACUACCUCAAGCGCAAGGUCUGCAACAGACCCUUCAACUUCGACGCCAUCUCCGUCACCGAUGUCUACAAGUCCGAGCCUUGGGAUCUACCAGACAAGUCGAAGCUGAAGAGUAGAGACUUGGAGUGGUACUUCUUCAGUAUGCUCGACAAGAAGUACAGCAACGGUUCCAAGACGAAUCGUGCUACUGAGAAAGGGUACUGGAAGACUACGGGGAAGGACAGGGAGAUUCGUAACGGCUCGAGAGGUGUGGGGAUGAAGAAGACUCUUGUUUAUCACAAGGGUCGGGCUCCUCGUGGUGAAAGGAGUAAUUGGGUUAUGCAUGAGUAUCGUCUCACUGAUGAUGAGUUGAAGAAAACUGGCGCCCCACAAGAUGCGUUUGUGCUGUGUAGGAUAUUCCAGAAGAGUGGUACGGGGCCUAAGAAUGGGGAGCAGUACGGUGCUCCGUAUCUUGAGGAGGAGUGGGAAGAGGAUACAAUGACGUUUGUACCACAACAAGAUGCUCUUCUCAGUGAAGGUUUGGGUGCUGAUGAUGAUGAUGUUUAUCUCGACAUUGACGAGAAGCCUGAAAAUCUGGUGGUCUAUGAUGCCAUUCCUGUUCAGACUAAUUAUUGUCACGGAGAAUCAAGCAAUAACGUUGAAUCAGGAAACUGUGAAAACUCUGGAGACUACAUUCAACCAGGGAACUGUGUUGUUGACUCUGGUGGUUACUCUGAACAACCGUUUGAGGCUUUUGAGGAGGAUCAGAAGCCUAUUAUCCGGGACGGUAGCAUUCAGCCUUGUUCUCUGUUUCCCGGUGAACAGAGUGGCUGUGGUGUGGAAGAUGAGGACGCGGUGAAUCUGGAAACUUCCAAUGAUAAUGUGUUUGUGGCUGAUACUUGCUACAGUGUUGAUGAUGCCAACUAUAUCCCUGACGAGCCAUUCAUCGGUCACAGCAACAAUCUUCCAAUCAGUGAUGAUGGUCUACAAGAUGAUUUUAACUUUGAAGAUUAUCUUAACUUCUUGGAGGAUGAGGAUGCUCAGGAUUUGUCUCUUGAUGUUUCUCAAUUGUUGGGAUCUGAAGAUACUCUUCCUGACCAAGGACUCCACCAGAAACCUUCACCUGAAGAAUUGGAGAAGGAGGUGGUGGAGAAAAAGGAAAGUGGCGAAGGAUCUUCCUCAAAACAAGAUGCAGAUGUGACGGACUUCGAUUCAGCUUCAAAGUACCCUUUCCUCAAAAACAUGUGUGGAGUCAUAUCUGCUCCACCUUCAUUUACUUCCCAGUUCCAAACAAAGGACGCUGCAAUCAGGCUACACGCAGCGCAAUCAUCAGGUUCGGUUCAUGUUACUGCAGGUAUGAUCAGAAUACCAAACAUGACAGCGGAUAGCAGUAUGGGCUGGUCAUAUGACAAGAACGGUAACCUCAAAGUGGUCUUGUCUUUCGGCUUGGUCCAACGGGAUGAUGCAAUGAGUUCAACUAGAGGCAAGACUGGAGGAAUCACAGCGACAAGAGCUGUAUUGAUCUUCAUGUGUUUUUGGGUUCUCUUACUCUCUGUUAGCUUCAAAAUAGGAACCAUAGUCUCUGCUCGGUGAGAGCAUCAAAAGUUCGUUCGUAUGGAGAAAAAAACAUUUCUAGGUGUUUGUACCUCUCUAAUUAUGUAGACUUCACUCUGGCAGUUCUUUGCUGCCCAAUAGUUUAAACUCUCUUCACAGUCUC